CUCCACGACUACCCCUCAGUGUCAGCACUCAGUGAGUCCACACACUCAUCCAGCAUCAGCAUCCGUCCUCGGAGACACUUUGAGGACGUGACAGCAGCUGUGGAAGAGCUCAGAGAUGGACUCCAGGACGUUCUGAGGGACGCGUGGACAAACAUCUCACUGGCCAUCACUGACGUGGAUGUUCUACAGUCAAAACCAAAACCAGAACCAGAACCAGAACCAACGACCAGAGCUGGGUUCUUAAGAUAUUCACGAGAAAUCACUCUGGAUCCAAACACAGCAAACAGAAAGUUGUUAUUAUCUGAUGGGAACAGAAAAGUGAAACGUAUGUAUCAACAACAGUCUCAUCCUGAUCAUCCAGACAGAUUCACUAACUAUUGUCAGGUUCUGAGUAAAGAGAGUCUGACUGGACGUUGUUACUGGGAGGUGGAGUGGAGAGGAGGAGAAGUUUUUGUAGCAGUUUCAUACAAGAACAUCAGAAGAACAGGGAGCAUCAAUGAAUGUGGAUUUGGAUAUAAUGACAAAUCCUGGGCUUUACAUUGUGACACCAACAGUUGUAUAUUUCUGUACAACAACACUGAAACUCCCGUCUCAGAUCGUCCUUCCUCCAGAGUAGGAGUUUACCUGGACCACAGAGCAGGUGUUCUGUCCUUCUACAGCGUCUCUGACACCAUGACUCUCCUCCACAGAGUCCAGACCUCGUUCACUCAGCCGCUACAUGCUGGAGUUUGGCUUCCUUGUGGUUCUGGAUCCAGUUUAGAGUUGAUUAAACCUGAAUAGACUGAAGUGUUUAAAGAGCAGCUGGUUCAGAUGUUUGAGUUUCCAGCUGGUUCAGUCUCAUGGUACCAGUAAAACACCAC